AGCGGGAGGGGGCGGCGGGGGCCCCCGCUGACCCCCGCCCGCAGGAUGCCCGGCAUCCAGGAGUACCUGCAGCAGCCCCUGCUCAGCGCCCUGCGGGACAAGGCCUCGUAUGUGCGGAGAGCGGCCGUGCUGGGCUGCGCCAAGAUGGUGAAGCUGCAGGGAGACGCCGAAGUGGACGGCGCCCUGGUGAACGAGCUGUACAGUUUGCUUCGGGACCAGGAUCCCAUUGUAGUCGUGAAUUGUCUGAGGGCCUUAGAAGAGAUCCUGAAGAAGGAGGGAGGAGUUGUCAUCAACAAGCCCAUUGCCCAUCAUCUCCUCAACAGGAUGCCUGACCUGGACCAGUGGGGGCAGAGCGAGGUGCUGACCUUCCUCCUGCGUUACAGACCCCGCAGCGAGGAGGAGCUCUUCGACAUUCUCAACCUGCUGGACGGCUGCCUCAAGAGCAGCAGCCCCAGCGUUGUGAUGGCGGCCACCAAGCUCUUCCUGGUGCUGGCCAGGGAGUACCCACACGUGCAGGCAGACGUGCUGGUGCGGGUGAAGGGGCCGCUGCUGUCUGCCUGCACCUCCGAGAGCCGGGAGCUCUGCUUCACCGCGCUCUGCCACGUGCGGCAGAUCCUCGGUAGCCUCCCCGGCCAUUUUAGCAGCCACUACAAAAAGUUCUUCUGUUCGUAUUCGGAGCCCCACUACAUCAAGUGCCAGAAGAUGGAGGUGUUGUGCGAGCUGGUGAACGACGAAAACGUACAGCAAGUGCUGGAGGAGCUGAAGGGCUACUGCACCGACGUGUCGGUGGAGCUCGCCCAAGGGGCCAUCUUCGCCAUAGGCAAUAUUGCCAGGACGUACACGGAGCAGUGCGUGGGGAUCCUGACAGAGCUCCUGGGGCUCCAGCAGGAGCACGUCACUUCAGCGGUGGUUCAGGCUUUCCGGGACCUGGUCUGGCUGUGCCCGCAGUGCACGGACGCCGUCUGCCGGGCGCUGCCCAGCUGCGAGGACGCCGUCCAGGACAGCGAGGGCAAGCAAGCGCUGAUCUGGCUGCUGGGCACCCACGGCGAGAAGGUGCCGAACGCCCCCUAUGUCCUAGAGGACUUUGUGGAGAACGUGAAAUCGGAGACGUUCCCGUCGGUGAAGAUGGAACUGCUGACGGCGCUGGUGCGGCUCUUCCUGUCCCGUCCUGCCGAGUGUCAGGACACGCUGGGCCGGCUGCUCUACUACUGCAUUGAGGAGGAGAUGGAUAUGGCCGUGCGGGACCGCGGGUUGUUCUACUACCGCCUCCUGCAGUCCGGGGUGGACGAAGUGAAACGGGUCCUGUGUAGCCCCAAGUCUGACCCAUCCCGGAGAGCGCUGACGGGGGCUCAGCACUGGCCCCCCCUCGCAGCCCAGGGGCUGCUGUGGCUCCAGCCGGGGUGGAUCCUCCUCCGAUGGCUCCGUGGGGUCCGUGUGUGAAACUGGGAGCUGCGCCCCGUGUGCCGCGUCUCACGUGUUUGUGGUUUCGUUUCAGAGUCGCUGAUUUCUGAAGGGAAUAAAGGAGUUCUCCAGGUUCACCCCGAGGCGGGCAGCCUGACCUUGGUUCCUGACGCCCGCCUGACUGCGGAGCAGUUUGAGAAGGACUGGCUGAGCCUGGACACGAGCUGCCGCCUCUCGCUGCCCUGGGGCGGGACGGUCCAGCCGGACACGGUACAGACGGCCCUUCACGUCCUCCACAUCCAGACGGUUGCCAUGAGCCGGGCUGGCGCGUGGCCCUGGAAGGCUUAUCUGAGCGCCCGGGACGACGCGGGCGGCCUCUUCCUGACGGAGCUGCUGCUGGAGGCGGCGGGCGCGGAGCUGCAGGUCUCGGUGAAGCAGCGCGAGGCCGGGCCCGAGGCACUGCAGACCUUUGUGUCGGCCCUAAGGACGGUGAUGGGGGCGGUGGCUGGGCUGGGCUCCUGAGGGCCCCGCUCCCGGCCGGCCGCGUGCUCGGGCCGCGCCGAGGGUUCCUUCCUCCGGCUUCUGCUGCGCCCGGUGCCGGGUUUGGACUUUUAACCUGCGGGAGCGGGGCAGCCCGGGGCCUGCCACGCCGACGGGCGGGGGGAAGGACGAGGGGACACGUUUGUGAGUCAGAGCUGGUGGCGUCUGUGGCGAUGGCCGCGAGGCUCUGGUGUGACUGAUGGAUCCAGAAGCGAGCAGAAUUCUGGGAUGUGUUUUGCUGAGGUUUUCUUCACGAGCAUUGUAAAUAAUUCAGAAGUUCAGAGACUCCCGGACUCUGCUGCUUCCCCCACAUUGGGGAGCACCCCGGGAAGGGUUUAGCCCUUUGCUCCCUUUCCUGGGGUUUACGUUUCUGUCCCAUAGAUUUUGCCUGUAGCUUCGCUUAGGGGGGAGCUGAGCCCCGUGGGUCAGAGGUGGGUGGACGGGGCCCGUUGUGCUGGCUGGAGCAAGCCUGUUGCUUUUCGAGAGGAAAAGCCGUAUUUUCCAGUUGAAAUGUGCUGCUGCAAUCCUGAGCUGCCCCCUCUGAAGCCCCCCCUCGGCUCCCAGGGCGGCUCUCGGAGGCGCAGGGUGUGCGGGUUGGGUUGGCUGGCGCAGCCCGUGGAGGCUGGGACGGAGGGGCUGCUGCUGCUGGGGUAAUUGUGGAAUAUUACAUUUUGGCUGACACUGAUUUUUACCGUUAACUAGAAUGGGAGUUACCGUUUGUCGCCGUGCCGCGCUGUCGCCCUGCCCUGGCAGUGCAGCGCACGAGAUGGCGCGGCGCUGCGUGACUCAGUGUUUUGCACGUUACGCUCUGGGCAGCCUCGGGUCGCUCCUGGAGAGCGUGUCGACAGCGCUUCGUCUGCUCGGCCGGAACGCGGGGAGGGUCGGACUUUGUACGGUGUCCUGAAGAGUCUCCGUCUCACAGCCGUGUUUUACGGAGCGGCAGAACUCCAAGGAAGGCUCCUUGGCCCAAGGCUGAGGUUAUUGCGGCAGGGUGCUACGCCGCUGUAUGAAGUGGCUUUGUUAACCCUAUUCUGCAAGAGUUCUCGUCAUUUUUAAUUUCUUUAAAUGACUGCUGUACCUCUCAAUUGCAGCAUGCCCUCCAUGCACUUCACUGAAACGCUCCUGUCACUGUUAAACAACAGGCUUUAGAUUUUCUUUCUGAUUUUUCCUUAAUAAAAGUGUAAAACCUUCCUGGCU